UAAAAAGGUUAAAUCAAGCUUCAGUACGUCUUGCGCUCGCACUCUUCUCGUCGACUCGCGUUAGAGAGUUGGUUAACGACUCCUGUUACAACUGUCAGUACCUGUUGUUUAUAAAUUUGUCACAAUGGAUCAACAGAUAACGAAUUCACGUCGCAAAAUACUUAGCCAUGCAAUCGCAUGCUUAAUUCACGAAGCUGGUUUUGAAACAUGUGAAAAAGCUGCUUUAGAAACACUCACAGAGAUGUGCCAAUCGUUCAUAACGGAUUUGGGAACUAUGUCCAGAAAUUAUUGUGAGCUGUCUGGUAGAACAGAAGUACUAAUAGCUGAUGUUAUUUUGGCAUUAACAAACAGUGGAAUCCGAGUUGACAAUUUGAACAAAUAUGUUCACCGUCCUAACAGGUCAAUUUUACCUCCGUUACAAGUACAAACUCAACAAAAACAGUUGAAUAUUUUGCAGGCUGGAGUAAAACAAAAUCAUCCACCGCACAUACCCAGCCACUUGCCACCACUACCAGAUCCACAUGCAUAUAUCAGGACACCGACUCAUAAGCAGCCUGUCACUGAAUAUGAGGCCAUCAGAGAAAAAGCAGCUCAACAGAAAAGAGAUAUUGAAAGAGCAUUAACAAGAUUUACAGCAAAGACUCAAAAAACACAUAGUUUAUUUCUUAAAGAUGAUAAUAGUAUGUUUCCAUUAAUAGCAUGUACUCCUCAAUUUCCUACAUAUUUAUCAGCUCUUUUGCCUCAAGAUCAAAUUUUCGAUGAAGAUAGUGAUGUAGAAUUAAGCCCCAAGAAGAAAAAAGAACAAUCUGAAGUUAAGCCAACUAAAGAUGGAACUAGAGCAGAAGAAGGUGAAACCAAGAAAGAGAAUGACAAAAAUGAAGAAAGUGAAGAAAAUAGUACCCAAACAGAGGCUAUUGAUAAUCCAUAUCUAAGACCAAGUAAAAUGCCCAAAAUAAAAAUUUCUGCCGUUGGUAAAAAUUUAGAUAAUAGCAUUAUAAGAAAUUAGGUAUACAAUAGUUUUAUUUAUGGGGUUGUGGAUUUUUUUAUAAAGAAUCUGAAAGUGUUAUAAAUGAGUUUUGUAAAUAUUUUGUACAGCUAAAAUUAAUGAGUACAUUUGUUAUUUAUCAAUUACUUUCAGUUUAUUAUCUUAAAAAUUAUCAUUAAUUCAUUUCUAGGUACAAGUUACAAUAUUUUCUAUGAGGCAUAUGUAUAAAAUUAGAUUUAAAAACAUUCCGAACCAAUCUUUUCAGAGGACGGACAUAAUCUUGUAAAUAGUCAAAGACUCAUAAUUUUCAUUUGUGGCAAGCUCAAUGCAAGUACUCACUUCUAAAGUAAUUGUAUGAUUAUUAUCAUUAUUAUUAUCAUUAUUAUUAUUUUUAUUAUUAUUAUUAUUAUUAUUAAUACGUCAGUAGGCUGAUUAAUAAGAUUAAUUACUUUAGCACCACAUUGUAAUAUAUUCAGUUUAAAGUCGGGAAGGCUUUUCAUUAGUAUGACAAACGAUGUGGGAUUAUUCGCUCUUUCUAUUUUUAUUGCACAUUUACAUUGUUUACAAAAAUAAACCUUAAACUUGAUUACAUAACUUAAA